AUGAACGAGCAAGUUGCGAAUUCUUCAGGCGUGCGGUUUGACUGCAAAACGAGGUUGUCUGUCUACACCGGCUUUUCAAGAUCGUGGGGUCAAGCUCGUGGAUCGUUCGUCAGGUAUACCCACCAGCAAGUGACUGACGACGGACGGCAUGAGAUGAAAUUAAAUCCGCUCAACCUUGAACCCCCAAGAGCGAUACCAUACCCCCAAUCGAAUGAUUCAUGCAGCUCUUGCGGAGAUCGCACCAACAGCCUCCCGAUCAACAGAUGCACAAACCGACCGAUAGGCGGGUUCGCUGCUAUGCCGAAGCCAGCCGCGCCAGAUCAGGGUGAUGGACGGGGUGGGCAGCGGGCACCGGCCAGGAUACGAGGCCGAGAGGUCGAGGACAGUGGGCAGAGAAGAGAGAAAGGGAAGGCAAAAGAUGAAGAAGGUGUUGUUGGUUGGGUGGAAUAA